AUGUCGAACCCCACUCAGAUCUUUGCGGACGACGUAACGGAGGAGAAGGGCGAGAAUGCGCGCCUCUCUGCCUUUGUAGGCGCCAUCGCUGUUGGAGACUUGGUCAAGAGCACAUUGGGCCCCAAGGGCAUGGACAAGAUAAUGCAGUCUGCUUCGACCGGAGAGAUCAUGGUCACAAACGACGGUGCUACCAUUCUCAAAGCGAUUGCCCUCGACAAUGCCGCCGCAAAAGUACUGGUUAACAUUUCAAAAGUGCAGGAUGACGAAGUCGGUGACGGAACCACGUCAGUCACUGUCCUUGCCGCCGAACUGCUGCGGGAGGCGGAGAAGUUGGUCGACCAGAAGAUCCACCCCCAGACUAUCAUCGAAGGAUACAGGAUAGCAAGCAGUGCGGCGCUCAAGGCACUGGAGAAGAUUGCCGUGGACCACAGCAAUGACGAGCAAGAAUUCCGAAAAGAUCUCGAGGCCAUUGCCCGCACAACGCUGAGCUCCAAGGUGCUCUCGCAGGACCGCACACAGUUUGCCAAGCUCGCCGUAGACGCUGUGCUCAAGCUCGGAGGCUCGACGGACCUGACACACAUCCAGAUCAUCAAGAAGGCUGGAGGAAAGCUAAAGGACUCGUACCUGGAUGAGGGAUUCAUUCUGGACAAGAAGUUUGGCGUGAACCAGCCCAAGCGGAUAGAGAACGCAAAGAUUCUGGUUGCAAACACGGCCAUGGACACGGACAAGAUCAAGAUUUUUGGAGCGCGAGUCAAGGUGGAUUCAACGGGCAAGCUUGCCGAAUUGGAGAAGGCUGAGCGUGAGAAGAUGAAGGCCAAGGUGGAGCGUAUCAAGGCACACGGCAUCAACUGCUUUGUCAACCGACAGCUCAUCUACAACUGGCCAGAGCAGCUGUUUGCGGAUGCUGGCAUCUGCUCGAUUGAGCACGCAGACUUUGACGGCAUUGAGCGACUAGCUCUGGUCACUGGCGGAGAGAUUACCUCUACUUUCGACCACCCUGAGAAUGUUAAGCUCGGCUACUGCGAUGUUGUCGAGGAGGUGAUAAUUGGAGAGGAUGUGUUGAUCAAGUUCUCGGGCACCAAGGCGGGACGGGCAUGCACUAUUGUGCUGCGUGGUGCGACCGAACAGCUUUUAGAUGAGGCAGAGCGAUCGUUACACGAUGCUCUUGCCGUACUGUCACAAACGGUCAAGGAACCCCGGACAACGUUGGGCGGUGGCUGCGCCGAGAUGAACAUGGCAAAGGCAGUGGCGGAGGCGGCACAAAAUGUGGCUGGCAAGAAGGCAAUUGCCGUCGAAUCGUUUUCCAAGGCACUGCAACAACUACCCACGAUCCUGGCCGACAAUGCCGGAUUCGACUCGAGCGACCUGGUCACGCGACUCCGGAAAGCCGUCUACUCGGGCCUGACCAGCUCGGGUCUAGACUUGCUGUCACCGGGAGGUGGCAUUGCGGACAUGAGGGAGCUGGGUGUGAUUGAAAGCUACAAGCUGAAGCGAGCAGUGGUAUCGUCGGCCUCGGAAGCCGCAGAGCUACUACUGCGAGUUGACAACAUUAUCCGAAGCGCACCACGACGACGCGAUCGUAUGUAA